CCGUGCGAGCGUUUCGCCAUCCCCGCCGGCGCCCGUGGUGGGGAGACUCGGCAGCCCCCCUUCUUUUCUCUUCCUCUCCCCUCGGCAGUUUGCUGAUGUGCAGCCCGACUCCAUCGCCCAGUAGCAGGCGCAGGAGCAGUCGCAGGAUCGGGAGCAGCGGGAGGCGCUCGGCGGAACGGACUGCUAAGACUUGGCUCAGCCGCCGAGCCCGGGCAGGAGCAACCUCGGGGGGCCCUUGGCUGCUGCUACGACAGCGGUGGCGGGAGAAUUUGCAAGAGGAGCGGCGGCGGCGGCGGCGGCGGCAACAUCAGCCAGCCCGGAAAGUUUGCUUGGCCGCUGACAGAGGCGAGGGAAGCGAGUCGCCGUGAAGGGCAGGCGAAACGCGCCUCUUGGCUCGGCAAUUUGCCGGAGCGGAGAAGAGGUCCCUUCCCACCCAGGGUGGAAGCACCGCAUUCAGCUCCAGCAUCAUCCCCGGGGGGAGCCUGUGGCUGCGAGCGAGAAAGCCGCCGAGUUGCAAAUCUGGACAGCGGAGUCAGCGCCGCCACCCCGAGUUCAUCUCGCGAUUCCCCCCCGCGCGCCCCGGCGUGUUUCAUCUCCUUCCUUGGGUGAGAAUGAAAAUGCUUUGCUGGAGGAUGGCUGUGUGGCUGGCUGGGAUGACCCUCGGGGGCAAGCUGUCCCGGUGCUCCGGCCUCGAUUAUGACUACCCUUACGAGUUCACCGAAGAGGAUAAGGCUGAGGCGAUAGAUUAUAAGGACCCUUGCAAAGCCGCUGUCUUUUGGGGAGAUAUUGCCUUAGAUGAUGAAGACUUAAAAAUCUUUCAGAUUGACAGGACAAUUGAUCUCACGCAACAUUCAAACGAAAGACUUGGACAUAAUACAGGUGGCUUCGGAGAGAGUGAAACAUCCAAAAAAAGUGAUGCCCUCUAUCAACUUAUAGACAGGAUAAGAAGAUUUGGCUCAGGUUUUGAUGAAAAUAAUGCAACUAAGGGAAAAUCAGCCCUAACAUUCUCAGGAAGCUACGAGAGAAAAAGGUUUCCCAGAGCAGCUACAUCACGGACAGAAAGAAUAUGGCCAGGAGGUGUCAUUCCAUAUGUUAUAGGAGGGAAUUUCACUGGUAGCCAGCGAGCAAUGUUCAAGCAGGCAAUGCGGCACUGGGAAAAAUAUACCUGUGUUACAUUCAUUGAACGAAGUGAUGAAGAAAGUUACAUUGUAUUUACAUACAGGCCUUGUGGGUGCUGUUCUUAUGUAGGCCGAAGGGGUAAUGGUCCUCAGGCAAUAUCUAUCGGUAAGAACUGUGAUAAAUUUGGAAUUGUUGUUCAUGAGCUGGGACAUGUAAUAGGAUUUUGGCAUGAACAUACAAGACCAGACAGAGAUGAUCAUGUAAGCAUCAUCAGAGAAAACAUCCAGCCAGGUCAAGAAUACAACUUUUUGAAGAUGGAGCCUGGGGAAGUGAAUUCUUUAGGGGAACCAUAUGAUUUUGAUAGUAUUAUGCAUUAUGCCAGGAACACCUUCUCAAGGGGCAUGUUUCUGGAUACCAUACUUCCUUCCCGUGAUGACAACGGUAUACGACCUGCCAUUGGUCAGCGUACCCGAUUAAGUAAAGGUGAUAUUGCGCAAGCAAGAAAGCUGUACAGAUGUCCAGCAUGUGGUGAAACAUUGCAAGAGUCCACAGGCAACUUUUCCUCUCCUGGGUUUCCAAAUGGCUACCCUUCGUACACACACUGCAUAUGGAGAAUCUCAGUGACACCUGGAGAGAAGAUUGUCUUAAACUUCACUACAAUGGACCUCUAUAAAAGCAGCCUCUGCUGGUAUGACUACAUCGAAGUAAGAGAUGGCUACUGGAGAAAAUCAUCUCUGCUUGGUAGGUUCUGUGGUGACAAGCUCCCAGAAGUCCUUACAUCUAGUGACAGUCGAAUAUGGAUAGAGUUCCGUAGCAGCAGUAACUGGGUAGGAAAAGGCUUUGCAGCCAUUUAUGAAGCAAUUUGUGGAGGUGAAAUACACAAAAAUGAAGGCCAGAUCCAGUCUCCUAAUUAUCCUGAUGACUACAGACCAAUGAAGGAAUGUGUGUGGAAAAUAACGGUGUCAGAGAACUACAAUGUCGGAUUAACCUUUCAGGCAUUUGAGAUUGAGAGACAUGACAACUGUGCCUAUGAUUACUUAGAAGUCCGAGAUGGAACGAGUGAAAGCAGUCCUUUGGUUGGCCACUUUUGUGGUUAUGAUAAACCAGAAGACAUAAGAUCUACCUCCAAUACCCUGUGGAUGAAGUUUGUUUCUGAUGGAACAGUCAACAAAGCAGGGUUUGCUGCUAACUUUUUUAAAGAGGAAGAUGAAUGUGCCAAACCUGAUAAUGGUGGAUGUGAACAGCGGUGUGUUAAUACACUGGGCAGCUACCAAUGUGCUUGUGAUCCAGGGUAUGAGCUUGGGCCUGAUAAGAAGAGUUGUGAAGCUGCUUGUGGAGGACUUUUGACAAAACUGAAUGGAACCAUUACAACACCAGGAUGGCCCAAAGAAUAUCCUCCAAACAAAAACUGUGUGUGGCAAGUGGUGGCUCCUACCCAAUACAGAAUCUCAGUGAAGUUUGAAUUUUUUGAAUUGGAAGGAAAUGAAGUUUGCAAAUACGAUUAUGUAGAAAUCCGCAGUGGCCUUUCUUCUGAUUCCAAACUGCAUGGCAAAUUUUGUGGUACAGAAGUGCCUGAAGUUAUUACAUCACAAUACAACAACAUGAGAAUUGAGUUCAAAUCUGAUAACACAGUUUCAAAAAAAGGUUUCAAGGCCCACUUCUUUUCAGACAAGGACGAAUGUUCUAAGGACAACGGUGGCUGCCAGCACGAAUGCAUCAACACUGUCGGAAGCUAUGUGUGUCAGUGCCGCAAUGGAUUCGUGCUACAUGAAAACAAACAUGAUUGCAAAGAAGCCGAGUGUGAACAGAAGAUCCAUAGUCCAAGUGGAAUUAUCACAAGCCCUAACUGGCCGGACAAGUACCCAAGUAGGAAGGAAUGUACAUGGGAAAUCAGUGCCACUCCAGGACACAGAGUCAAAAUAAUUUUUAAUGAAUUUGAAAUAGAACAACAUCAAGAAUGUGCUUAUGACCAUCUGGAGGUGUUUGAUGGAGAAACAGAAAAAUCACCAAUUCUUGGACGUUUAUGUGGAAAUAAGAUACCAGAUCCUCUUGUUGCCACAGGAAAUAAAAUGUUCCUUCGAUUUAUUUCUGAUGCUUCAGUACAGAGGAAAGGCUUCCAAGCUACACACACUACAGAGUGUGGUGGUCGUCUGAAAGCUGAAAGCAAAACAAGAGACCUUUACUCUCAUGCUCAGUUUGGUGAUAACAACUAUCCAGUUCAAGCGGACUGUGAGUGGCUAAUAGCAACGGAUCGUGGCUAUCGAAUAGAAUUAAUUUUCCAGACUUUUGAGGUGGAAGAAGAGGCCGACUGUGGUUAUGACUACUUAGAACUUUUUGAUGGCCAUGAUAUGUCUUCUCUGAGGCUUGGCCGGUUUUGUGGAUCAGGGCCACCUGAAGAAGUUUAUUCGGCUGGGGACACUAUCCUGCUCCAUUUUCACACGGAUGAUACAAUCAACAAGAAAGGAUUCCAUAUACGAUACAGAAGUAUAAAGCGCCAAGACAAUGUUCACACCAAAAAAUAGCACAAGAUCCCUUAGAUCACCAUAAAAAGAGACAGAGAGAGAAAUGUUAUGGAGAAAGAGCGUUUUUUUUAAACUGACGUUAUCAUCAAACAAAAACUGAAGGAGAACUCAUGCACCCAAAAGCAUCUCACUGUUAAAUACUGUUCCUAAUUUAGAGGAAAAGACCUUCUAGUGAUGACGUGUGGUCUCCAUGUGUGGCUUUCCGAAACAGCUGUCAAGGAAUACUGCAUGUUUCCAAGGAGACCACAAGAGCUUUGAUCACAGCUUGACAAAAGUCAUUGUUGCCUGCCUAUUCAGCCACUCCGAUUCAGGUGAAGUGACCCUGGAGACUGUUCUUCCUUUUGACAAUUGUCUGGUGUCCAGGAGGAUGGAGAAAAGCUCACCUUCUGCAGGUCAUGCACUCAAAAUACUGUCCAUGCAUCUUUUUUGCUCUGAUUGUUUUGCUGCCUAUCGAGGAUACAGUUUGUACAAGAUGAGAGAUUGUUCAGUUCUUGUCAUUCUUCUAUCCCAUUAACAUAUUUAAUGUAAUGAAAACUGGAAUACUACAUCUACACAAUCAUUUGACCUUUAGAAUGUGUUGAGUGUAGCAACAUAUUGGAAUGUCUGCAGCUUUUUAUGUUUAUCGUAAUUACUAUUCCAUCAAGAAUAUGGACACUGUCCGUGACUGAAAAUGCUGGGAUUCUUAUUGCAGAAGGACUCUGUAUCUGCCAACCUCUUAAAUUUUACACUGAGGGUCUUAAGACCACAGUGUGACACUUUGCAUGACUUCUGCAGCCCUUUGUCCAGUGAGCAAAAGAAAUAAUCAGGACCAGAAUAAUUUCAAAACUCCAGUUACGGAUUUCAUUUUGGUUGUAAUGAGCUGCUAAUCUGCAUUCCUUGAAAAUGUUUGUGAAUGAGCUUAUUAUCUUUUAAACUAGUCAAAAAAAAAAUGAAAGAGAAAGUGGGUUCCAAAAGACCAAUCAGUUAAAAGGAAAAAAGUUUAUUUUCUGGAAACAAGACUUUUGUGGUGGCAAUUUCUAUGGUGCUAUUCGAUGAACAAUUUUUUUAAAGGAUGUUUUAGACCUUUGAGCCAACAACUUGCAGAUCAUGAAUGUCUCACUAUGCCUGGCUGCAUCUUAAGAAGAAGAGACUUUCUGAGCAUGUGAAAAAAGAUGGUUGCAACAGCAGCACUAACCUUGUGGAACAACUACUACUAUUGCCUUAGAAUUCUUGCACAUGAUCAAACAGAUCUUCCUGUAGAUACAUCAGAUUUGAUAAAGAACUUGACAACUUGAACAUUUUAAACAUGUAUUCACAAAAGUGAUCCUCAAGUAAAUUCUCGUCUACAGAGUAAGAUCAUCAGUUGUAAAUACAGUGGACUUGCUACCAGUGUAGAAAAAUAUUACUUUUAGAAUGAAUCACUGUAUGCGCUUUAGGCCAUACAUGGCUUUAGCCACAAUGUAUAUGCAUCCUGUCAUUAUGUAUGAAUGAAUGCUUUAAGAGAGCAAGAUGUAUUGUGUAUGGAUGAACAGGUAAAUUGUUCUUCAUGUGCCAAGUUCUACCAGAAUCUGGAUUGACUGUAGCAACUUUCUUUAAAGGAUUCACAAGCAGAUAAUGAGGUCUUCAAUAAUGAACUGAGAGCUAAUGAAAUAUUGUGCUCAUUUCAAAGACAUAUUUUGAUAUCAUUUGGCAUUUGUUGCUACUCAGCUGAGUUUUUGUUUCCUUACUCUGACCAUACACUGGCAUUAAUAAAUGUUUUUUUUAUAAAAUAAAUAAACAUAAGCAUGUGUAGG